CCAGCUCCAAGCCAAUUGUUGCACAACUACGACCACCAACUAUAGUACCUCAAGGCUAAAACUCAAAACACAGGUGUUGAUUGCCCAGCCUCUCCACAGAUUGUCCAGAUCGAAAGCGCAUACGAGUUGAGAGUCAGCAAUCCAACCACUUCAUCCAGCGAUACCUGCUCUGCGUGCCUUGGUCCUCUCCGAUCCGAUAAACGGGCUAGGGAUUUUAUCAGCAGACGAGCUUGCUCCCCGUCCACCGACAUCAAGACCUGAGGUCCCAGGAAACAAUUCCACUGGUCGUACUUGUACCGACCGAUAGACACGAUUGUAUCGAAAAAAAUCAACUCUCAAUGAUGGCACCGCAUGGGCCAAGAUCGAUGGCGGUCCCUCCAACCGGACCUGCUCGAUCUUCGGCCAUGCCGUCUGUUAACAACGGCGCCGGCCCGACACCGCCUACACCUGGACGAGACGACGAGAGGCAUCCGCCUGCCAAAGGACCUCAUCCGGGCAAGAUAACCCUCCCGAAGCAGUACUGUAAUGAGCAACGACUGCGGGGGAUGCAACAGGCGAUAGGGUGUGACCCUUCACGGGAGACGAGCUAUAGGUUACAGGGUAUCCAGCUGAUUGAUUCGGUGCGGCUUGCUCUUCGAUUACCGAUAAAGACGUUCGAUACGGCGUGUACCUACUAUCACAUGUUUCGCCUUUUCUUUAGGGAUGCCGAAUACAACUUUCAAGAUGCGGCGCUCACUGCGCUAUUUGUCGCUUGCAAAGUGGAAGAUACGAUGAAGAAGUCCAAAGAGAUAUUGUGUGCGGCCUACAACCUCAAAAAUCCGGACCAUCCAACGACUCCCGAUGACAAGAUAUUCGAGCAGCCUACCAAGAUAGCUAUUGGUCUGGAAAGGCACAUACUACAAACCGUCGGCUUUGACUUUCGUGUUCGCCACCCGCAAAAAUACUUGAUCAAAGUCGUACGCAAGCUGUUUCCGGCGGAGCUGGGUAGGCAGAUUCUUGACGUUGCAUACCCGAUGUGCACCGACAUGUACAAAACCUUUGCCCCCAUAAAACAGUCAACAUUUACAAUGGUGAUGGCAAUUGUCGAGUUGACGGCGCGUUUGACGGGGCACCAAAACUUCCUCAGUGAUGUGGACCUUUCAAAAUACCACACAGAUCGGGGCUCUGUCGUGGAAACUAUGCUGGACUUGCUAGAUCUCUACGCUCAGUUUCUACGCCAGACCAAGGUCGGAAUGCGCUUCGACCUGGACACGUUUAUCCAAGUUAAGAUCAAGAUCAACCAGGAGGUCGAAGCAGAUCCAUCGCUGGAGCGGUUCAUGGACGUCUGCGCAAAGUGUUCUGCAGAAGAAGGGCGAGAUGGUGCCAACAACAACCAUAUUCUAUCAAUCACACCCGGUUCAGCAACAUCCCCUACCACCACUGGUUCAGGCGGUGCUCCCACAAGUGGUGGAAAAGUCACGAGUGCCGGAAAAGGUAUCAAAAGCCAAGACGGUACACUCAGGUACGCAUUCGAUUCUGAGCAGGUUCGGGCGGAGAAGAGAAUCGUGGACAAGUUCUUUGAGGAAAAGUUUGAGGAGUACGAGGUCGAGGUCGAGGAGGAGAUUCCUGAGACGACCCACCAGAACAACAACCACCGCCAUAAUAAUCACCAUAACCCUAGGCCGCCUACCGGUCCUGCAGGGCCUCAAAGAGGUCACGGCUCGAGGCGGGACCGGGGUGGCCAUCAUGAUGGAGGAUGGCCCUACCCCAGUGGUAGACAUUCUGGCGGCGGACAUGACAGGCACAAGGGCCGUAAAGGUCGUGGUUCCUAUUUUCACUGAUGUUUGAUUCUCCGAUGGAUGGGGCAAUGACGUACCGGGCAUCUUUCUGCAUCAACAGCGAUCAUCAUUAUGAUUUAUUUUCUCCCUACACUUUAUAUAUGUGAUACCCCAACAGGCAUUGUCAUGAUAUAAAAUCAAUUGCUUGA